AUGAAUAGACUAACCUGGAUCAAGAGAAUUCGCUAUUCUUCACUCCAAACCAAGCUUAAUUCCAUCAUUAACUCUCUCAUUCAAGAAUUAAAUCAAGAAAAACUUGUAAAUUUCAUCAAAAUUAUCGAAAUGUAUUCAGAACUCUUUAAUUUCAUGAAACAAAACAACGAAGAGUUUGUCCAGAUGAUUAUUAAGAAAUUAUACUCCGAUGAUACAAUAGAAAAUAUAAUUUUCUUAAUGAAAUUUUUAGAUCAAACACAAAUUAACAAAGUUUCAACAUUUUUACAGAGUUCAUCAAGAGAACUUAAAUCUAAGCAGCUUCCUGUUUACUUAAUGAGACACACAAAUGCUUUUGAUACUUUGAUAUCUUAUUUAGCCGACCAAAAACUUGCCUCGACCGCAAAUAUUUUAAUUAGAGAGUGCAUAAAACUUGAAAAGUUCUCACAUUUCCUAUUCUGCAACCACUUUUACUCAAAACUUUUCCAAUUAUCAACUAACGAAAAUUUCGAAAUUUCCGUUUGUGCUAUUAAGACAUUCCAGGAAUUGUUCAACACUUAUCCAAAGAUCUCAUCUAGCUAUGUUUCAAGAAAUUAUGCAGUUUUUUCAGUUCAAUUAAUUACAAUUCUUUCCACAGGCAGUUACAUCGUUCGCGCAACAAUGCUUCCGUUCUUAGUUCAGUACAUGUUGAACCCUGAAUGCUCAGAAUUCCUCGAUCUCAUUGUUGCCGACAAAAUCUUCUUAAUGUUGACUCUUAAGCUUAUGUCUCACAAAUCCCAUAAGAUUUAUACACCAGCAUACAGCAUCUUUAAGAUUAUCAUCUUCAAACAGAGCUCUCCAGAUCAGUUUAAGAGUCUUCUCCAGCCAAACAGAACUCUUCUUCUCAAGUGCUUGAAGAAAGUUGAUAUUCCUGAUGAUGAACAACUCCAAGUUGAACAUCUCAGACUCAUUUCUAGAAUUUAA